GAUCGACACAACUGCGCCAGUUCUGCGUUCCUGGUGAUUUUUUCCGACCUUUUUUUGACUCAUCGAGAACGCAGGUCAAAACUGGAGGCCCUCGGAGGCAGGUUUUUGACUCUCGAGGACAGCCAAUUCUUGGACCUCGUCAUUUUCGACAUUGAGACCUUCCGGACGGCUAGUGAAAAUUGCAGAAGAGUGCUGCUUUUCCCGCCAGUCAAUAACUACAGACGCUUUUUGAUCCACAAGACGACCGAGCAGUUCGCAGAGCUCAAGACUUUUUCCGUCGGUGAAGGUGAUGCCCGCCGGACUGUAGUUUGCUUCGUCAAACAAUUCGACAGGCAGGCUUUGAUUAAUUUCAAGGAGAGUGAGGCCACCAUGGCAGCUGCUACGAUGGAACAGAAAAAAGCUCCGAAAUUGAUGUCGGGCGUGGGUUUGUACCAGCCUCCAGCAAUGAGGGCUGCCAGGAUCCAAACGGAAAUUCAAACAAACGACAGGAAUAAUUCAGAUUCGCGAGCGUCGAAGGCUAAGAGGCCAGACAGACAGAUGUACGUGCCACGCGCGCGGCGACAGGAGACCAACUCGCCGCCUGAGAAUGCCGAGUCGACGCCGUCGCCGCCACAAUUGGUGAAGUCGCCGCGGCAAACGUCGCCGACCGUGGUGACGCCGCGCAAGAAGUCUGCAAUCAAGAACAACAAGCCUCUGUCGCUAUGCAGCAGCAAGUCUGGCGACUCUGAUGCCUCCAGCUGUGAUCUCACCGAGGAGCAGGCCUGCGACGUAGUUGCCAAGGAGGAAAAGACUGUGCCUGUUGAGGUCGUUGUGCAGGUUUCUGUGCCUGUUGAGAAUGUUGUGCAGGUUUCGGAAGAGCCGAAAGACUUGCCCGUGGAGUGCAAUCAGGCUGACGAGGUGCGUUGUGCCUCCGAGAAACUGGUUGAAAAAGAGGAGGUGAUGCCCAAGUUUGUGCCGGAGAGUUGUGAAGAAGACUCGUGGGAGUCCAAGUUUGACGAAACUGGCGACUGCCUUGAUCCCAAAGCUUUGGAUGACCUGACGAAGACUGUUGGGAAAGUGGAAAUCAGCAAACCAGCGUCGACAUACUCUAACUACAUCGAAUCCGGGCUGGAGCUGAGGGACAGCGAGUUCGGCCACGUGCUGGAGAUCUAUGAUUUUCCAGCCGCAUUCAAAACUCCCGACCUGGUUGCUGUGCUUACACCCGCCGUCGGUAGCUCCGAUUUUGACCUUAAGUGGGUGGACGACACCCACGCCAUGGCUGUGUUCGGCACUACUAAGACUGCCGAAAGAGUUCUCGCGACUAACCACCCGUUGCUGAAGGUGCGUCCGCUGUCGCAAGCAAUUGCGGAGACGCGGAUGAAGGCCAAGAAGUGCCCGCAAUUUAUGAGGCCGUACAAACCGCGUCCCGAAACGUGCGCUGCCAUGGCCAAGCGGCUCGUUCACUCCGCUCUUGGCGUCCGCAGCAACACCACCAAGGAGGAGCGUGACAAGGAGAAGGCUAUGCUCAAAACUGCGAGAGAAAAAAGAAGACUGGCCCAGAAGCAGACCGUGGAUGCGUGGGAGGGCAACUUCGGAAAGUAGAGAGUGAAUCAAGGCGAGGCUCAUGUCUGCACCUUCUGCUAGUCGCGAGAAAUCAAGUUCCAGAAAAGUACAUCAUGUGUUUUAAUUGUGAAUUACUGUGUAAACGCAAUGCUGAUGUUGGCUUGAAGGGGUUUCAUGGAAACGCCCCUUGUAAAUUUUAUCCUGAUGACGUAAAAUGAUACCUGAUUUUCUCAUACAGCUGAAAAUCAAAUUUUUGUACCACCUACAUUAAUAAAAUGUUAUUGGUAGUUUUCUAAA